AUGAGUUAUUACAUCGGCGUUGACGUGUAAGUGGGGUUAUGAUCUUCUAUGUUGGGUUGUCCAAACCGUGCUUCUACCCACACGAACUGCAUCGUGCCAAUACUCAUUUUCUUCAUGUCAUUUGGCCCUGCGGUGCUUGCCGAUGACGUAGUGGGACAGGUUCCGCUCGGGCGGCGCUUGUUGACGAACAAGGCGCCGUUGUCGCCGAAUCGGCCUACAACACGACCUCAUUCCGCGACGCUAAAGAUGCCAACAUCUUUGAACAGUCCACUGACGAAAGUGAGUAUGGUUUCAUCGCCAGACCGGACUCUUGCAGACCUCCGGACGCGUGGCCCGUAGUCCUUUGAACUUGGCUCACCAGUCGGAUGCUGCCAUCUCUCUGCCAGUCUGGAGCUGCGUCUCCAAGGCGUGUCAAGACGUUCUGAAGAGCUCAAAAGUGUCCAAUACCACUGUCAAAGGCAUUGGGUUCGAUGCGACCUGCUCCCUCGCCGUUUGUAACCUCGAGGAUGGUAGCCCCGUCCCCGUUAACCCUUCCGCAUGGUCUGGCGAGCACCACUCCGGAGGUCCCGGAGGGGAACCAGUGCACGACAUCAUUUUGUGGGCCGAUCAUCGAGCGUACAAGGAAGCUAAAGACAUCAACGCUACCGGAAGUAUGGUGCUUAAGUUCGUCGGAGGCACAGUCUCGUUGGAGAUGGAAUUACCCAAGGUGAGGCGAUUCCUCAGGUGCAACACCUCUCACAGUCCGAAUGUCCGCGCUUACCGUAUCCACCUGGAUCUCCAUCUGAUUAUUCGACAGAUUUUGUGGUUGAAGCGUCACAUGCCCGCCGCGCUCUUCCAGCAGUGCAUGUUCUUCGACCUGCCUGACUUCCUCACUUACCGCGCGACUGGCGACUUGGCGCGCAGCAACUGCUCGUUGGCAUGCAAGUGCUCCUAUGUGCCGCCAGGAGUGGAGGACAGUAAAGGCUGGAACGACGAACUUUUUCAGGCUAUUGGCCUAGAUGACUUUGUGCGCUUCAGGGCAGGCUGUCCUAUCAGGGGGCCAAUCAGGACGCUCGGGCUGAUGCACUGCUCAUUUUGUUCCCUUGGUCUAGGUCAAGAACGAGUUCAAGCAGAUUGGUGGUACGCCCGGGAAGUCGGGUCUUAUUUUGACUGCUGGGCAACCAGUGGGACGAGGUCUUUCCGCGAAAGCUGCAGCAGAACUCGGGUUGCUGGAGGGUACGGCGGUCGGUUCAGGGGUCAUCGACGCGUACGCCGGGUGGAUUGGGACAGUUGCGGCACCGAUGGAAGGCCAGAAGUCCACCUCUUUGGACGACAGUAAAUACCGGCUUGCAGCUAUCGCUGGAACAAGUACUGUCAGUCGAGCCGCUAAGUCAAUGGACCCCACGGUGCUUGUCGUUGACCCAAUCUUCGUUUUUGGCAGUGCCAUAUUGUCCAGAGUCCGGAAGCAGUUUUUGUCCCCGGAGUCUGGGGACCAUACAAGCAUGCAAUCUUCCCUGGUUGUACGUGUUAGCUGAGUGUUUCCGCUGUGUUCUCCUUGUUGGGUCACUCAAACCGCUUCAGGACGGACCCGGGUCCAUUUUGUGCAGAUUGGAUGAACGAAGGCGGGCAGUCGUCCACGGGUCAGCUUCUCGACUUCAUGAUAGACACCCACCCUGCCUCAGAAAAGCUCAAAGCGCUUGCAAAGGAGCAAGGCACGAACCACUUCUCACUGUUGACUGAGCUUCUGGACGCCAUGGCGAAAGAUAAGGGUGUGCCUUUCAUCUCUGCCUUGACGCAGAAUGUCCAGCUCUAUCCAGAUCUCCACGGUACGUCUUCUCUUUUGGGCCUAAUUCCGAUCCCCAGUUGAGCACGUGUUUGGUAAUGUCCAGGCAACCGCUCUCCCCUUGCGGAUAAUGAGAUGCGUGGCAUGCUCAUUGGUAUGGCCCUCGACAAGAACAUCUCGGACCUUGCGCUGCGUUAUUACGCAACCGGGGAGGCGAUUGCGCUGCAGACUCGUCAAAUUAUUGAUGAGAUGAACCAACAUGGUCAUGAAAUUCGCUCCAUCUUCAUGAGUGGAGGGUGAGUUGAAGACUCUUGCCUGGCAGGUGCGUACUAGCAAGAGAUGUUGACCCUAUCUUCAUGCUUCUGCGAUCGCCACAGACUUGUAAAGAACCGAUUCCUCAUGAGGUGAGGACCUGAUGGAUCCGGCUCGAGUUUUGUCGCCACUUGGCUCACUUGCCUCGCCUCCCUGCCUCCUCGCUUUCGCAGCCUCAUCGCCGAUGUGUGCAAUGUUCCUGUACAACUCCCACAUUCACACUCUGCAAGUGUGGUGAUUGGGUCUGCCAUGCUUGGUGCUGCUGCUGCGGCCGAGGCAAAGAAAGCCGGAUCCGCCCUCAUUACGCAGGAAGAGGCUGAAAAGGGCAGUCACGGCAUGAAGGAUCGCCUUUGGGACAUCAUGGUCUGUUUUCCCUGUGCCCUUCUCUAGAUAACAAAUCUACCCGGGACCCUUCAGCUGAACUCGCCCCCGCUUGGCUGGCAGGUUCGCAUGAGCAAACCCGGAACAACGGUGAAACCUUCGGCUUCGGAUCAAGAGUUGCGUUUGCUCAAGGUCAAGUAUGAAAUCUUCAAGGAGUGCAUUGUGUUGCAGCGCAAGUGGAGGUCAGCCACGGCCGAAGCCAUGGCUUCUGAUCGAUAG